AUGUCGACAAAAGACAUGGGAGCCGCGGGAACCAGCUCCCAGCAAGCCGUGACAGAAGCGUCCUCAUCACGCGUGGUACCUAAGCCUGUGCCCCAGACCCAAGUCCAGGAUGCUAGGGCUUAUCAACUCCAGCAGCUGAGGAAGCGCUAUUCCCCGAGAGAAUCCACACUGAACGGCGGCGUCACCUCGCUGCGGUUCAGUUUGAAACCCUCUGAUCCUGAUUUCCCUUAUGAGCUCGACUACCUUGAGGUAGAGCUCAAGAUCCCGUCAUCAUAUCCCAAACAGCCGCCAACCAUAAGCGUCAAAAACCAAGACAUACCUCGCGGGUUCGGCGUAAACAUUGAGCGCGGUUGGGACAAACUCGUUGAGGAGCGGAAGGGCGCCACCACGCUGCUUUCGCUCACGAAUGCGCUAGAUAGGAACCUUGAGACCUUCCUGUCCGAGCAAAAGGCUGAGACGGUCAAGAUGACCAUCUUCAAGGAUACCAGGCACCUAGAUGCGAUGGCUGCCGAAGCCACCAGCCAGCCCGAGGCUGUAGUGCAAGCGCCUCCGCAGAGGCGACCCUUGUACCGGCCAGAGACCUUUACCAAGGAGCAAAUCGCAGAGGCAAAGGCUAGAAGGGCGCAGGAGGCGAGGCAGCUCGAGGCGCGGAUGGGCCGACUCCCGCUGUAUCAAAAGUCGAGCGAUGGCAUCGUAUAUACCCUUCCGCUCGAUCCAAAAAGGCGGUCCGAACUCCCCGUGGGCCUAAGGCCUGUCAAGUCGGUGCAGCUCAUCAUACCACUCCUUUAUCCGCUGCAGCAGAUCCGCGUCCUGCUCAACGACGUCGAAUCGGACGAGGCCGAACCCGUGGAGGAGCUGUUUGCCGAAAAGGCGGCGGCACAGCGGGCCAUGAGCCUGAUGAGCCACGUCAACUACCUGACGCAGAACAUUCAUGUGCUGGCGAAGCAGGCCCAGGCAAACAGAGAGGCUGCUUUGGCUGAGGAGCGGAUGCAGGCCAAGGUCAAGUCAAAGGCUGAAGAUGUGGACGGCCAUGUCAAGGCCGCUGCUCACGUUUCCUCGCUGGAUGAUGUCAAAGGUCAUGUCAAGGUCAUCCCGCGACCGCCGGAGUGGUCGUAUGGAAAUGCUGGCGAGUCGGAAUCCGAUUCGGAGGACUCGUACGAUUCGGACGAGGAUGGACAAGGCGGUGCAAGUCUUGGUCCUCAAGAUGCUCAAGAAGAGCCUACAUCAAGUUUCACGCGUACAACCGAGAAGGGCACGGCAAUCACGUUCCCAUCCAUCGAGCUAUUUGGCGUCGAGAUACUCGAGAUCAACACUUUGAGUAUCAGCGUCAAGUGCUUGCGCUGCAAGACAAACAAUGACCUGGGCGGCCUCAAGCCCAACCUAGACAAGGUCAGCAGCUGCAAAAAAUGCGCGACCGAAUUUGUCGCUACCUUUCGUCCGGAGCUGGUCCACCAAAACUCUACCAGGGCCGGCUUCGUCAACCUUUCGGGCUGCACAAUCACCGACCUCCUCCCCAGCACUUUCGUGCCGACGUGCAGCAAAUGCUCGACGGCCGCGGCCCACGGGUUCGUGUCGGUCCGCGGAGACGCCACGACCAACGUCUGCCGCGAGUGCCACGGCCGCUUCACCUUCAAGAUCCCCGAGGUCAAGCUGCAGAGCUACAGCUCGGGGGCGGCCUCGCUCCCGCCGACCAGCGGGCCGCGGCGCAGGCAGGAAAAGCUGGGCCUGCACGCCGGUGAACCCCUGCCGGCCCGGGGUGCGUGCGAGCACUACAAGAAGAGCUACCGCUGGUUCCGGUUCAGCUGCUGCGACAGGGUGUCGGCCUGCGACAAGUGCCACGACGCGGAGGCCGACGGGCACGUGCACGAGUGGGCAAACCGCAUGAUCUGCGGGUGGUGCUCGCGCGAGCAGAACUACCGGGUCGACAGCUGCGGCUUUUGCGGGCGGAGCGUCGUCGGGAGGAGAGGUACGGGGUACUGGGAGGGUGGCAAGGGGACGAGGGACCAGGUGCUUAUGCGUAGGAACGAUAAGCGGAAACAUCGGCGUAUUGGUGGCGGUGAGAGUAAAAAGAAGGAGUAA